AUGGGAGGCGUCACCGUCGUGUCUCUCGUCUUUCUUCUCAUUACCACCGCCAGUUCCGCCGCUGUCCCCUUCCGUGACGGUAUGUUACCGAACGGUGACUUCGAGCUAGGACCAAAGCCAUCAGACUUGAAAGGAACCGAAGUAAUAAACAAGAUGGCAAUCCCGAACUGGGAAGUAACAGGAUUCGUCGAGUACAUAAGCUCAGGACACAAACAAGGAGACAUGCUUCUCGUUGUCCCCGCAGGAAAGUUCGCAGUCCGGCUCGGAAACGAAGCGUCCAUCAAACAAAGACUUAAAGUGGUGAAAGGAAUGUAUUACUCUCUCACUUUCAGCGCCGCGAGGACUUGCGCUCAAGACGAGAGGCUCAACAUCUCCGUGGCACCUGACUCUGGGGUUAUUCCGGUGCAGACGGUGUAUAGUAGCAGUGGGUGGGAUCUAUACGCUUGGGCGUUUCAGGCGGAAAGUGAGGUUGCUGAGAUAGUGAUUCAUAAUCCAGGUGAAGAAGAGGAUCCAGCUUGUGGUCCACUUAUUGAUGGUGUUGCCAUGAGAGCUCUUUACCCUCCCCGACCAACAAACAGUAAGUAG